AAAGGGGCGAGAUCUAGUUGCCUGGUAGCAACAGUCACAAACAGCGUUAAAGCGAGUGUUGUGAAUGCAAGUAGUUCUAAAUAUAAGUUUAGAGUCACAAUUUUAGGAUAAUUUUUAUAAAUUAUUGUCCAUUACUUUAAAAACGAUUUUAACUACUUAAUAAUCACGUGUUAAUAUAAUGUAAACCAUUAUUUUUUUUAUUUUAUGAAUUUUAUUUUUCAUUAAAAAAGCAUUUUUGUGAGUGUCAGUGAGCGUGUGUGUAGGACAGAAAGGGAGGAGCUGCUCUAAAAAGGGAAAUGUUGAAGUUUCCAGAGGUUGAUGUCAGUGUAACUGGAUUCCUCCAGUCUGGAAACAACUGGGAACAAGAUGGCUGAGUUUGGACUGGAAAUGAGUUUUUCUCCACUCGCACCAAAAGCUGGACUGAAACCUCUCGAAAUGAUUUUCAAGUAAAGCCUGCAAGUAUAAAGCUUUCUUAAGGUACUCGGGUGCGUUUUUUAGACAGAAAAGCAUCCAGCGGUUUGUGUUUAGUUUCCUCAAACGCGUUUUCUCGCUAUUUCUAUUGCAUAACACCUUAAAAGUCGAUUUAGUGCUUUUUUAAACAUCUGAAAACCCCGUUAGACUUAACAGAAAUCAACAUCAAAACUUUUUUAACUCAAAUAAAGAAUCGCUUUGCGCAUUUUCGCAUUAAGACAGAGUAAAAAGCGACUAAAAUGCAGUCGUUUGUUUAUAUUAAUGUAAUGUUACUGUAGAAAUACACGAUGAGCUCCAGUCGCGUUCGUCCUCAAGCGCCGCAGAGCCCGGCGGCAUCUGCAUCCGCAUCUCCUCCACCGCAUGAAGGCAUCGAGAUGGAAAAAAUGCAUCAUGAAGAAGUGGGCCUCGGAGUGCCCGAUGAGACCCCCUCCUCUCCGCCAACCUCCAGCUCCAGACAGGCAUGGAGCCGGGACAACCCAGGGUUCGAGCCGGAGGAGGGGAUGAUGGAGGCGGACUGGCCCCCGGAGAGUCAGGGCCGGAGGUCUGUGUCCACGACGUCCAGCAGCAGCAGCGGCGGCGUCCCGGGGAACUUCUCCGGUAUCAGUGCGCGGAUCAACAGAGGACUUUACCCGACUCCUCCAGCACAAGAGCACCGCAGCUGUGGGAAGAGGAUACUGGAGAAAAUGAGAGUGUUGUGGGAUACUCGUCUUUUGGGUGAGAGCAACAGUAACAGAGAGAUGUACUUGAAAACCGUCCUGCGAGAAAUGAUCACCUACAUCCUCUUCCUGCUCACCCUCUGCAUAAUAACCUAUGGAAUGGUGAGCACCAACAUGUACUACUACACCAAAGUCAUGUCUCAACUCUUUUUGGAUACGCCACUGUCAAGUGGAGAGCCAACCAACUUCAAGAGCCUUUCAACCAUGGAGGACUUCUGGAAAUUCACAGAAGGCCCGUUUCUUAACGGCAUGUACUGGGAGCUCUGGUACAACAACAAGAGUCUCCCAGAAAACCAGAGUCUGAUCUAUUACGAGAACCUCCUGCUGGGCGUCCCGCGUCUCCGACAGCUCAGAGUACGCAAUGAGUCUUGUUCUGUCCAUGAGGAUCUGCGAGACGAGGUUUACGACUGCUACAACGUCUACUCUCCUGCCAAUGAGGACAAGGCACCAUUCGGCCCCAAGAAUGGCACUGCGUGGAGGUUCAAGGAUGAGAGUAGCCUGGGUGAGAGCAGUUACUGGGGACAAGUGUCCACUUAUGGUGGUGGAGGUUAUUACCAGGAUCUGUCCCGCACACGGGAGAAAUCAGCCAAUCAGCUGCAGGAGCUCAAAAACAACCUCUGGCUGGACCGCGGCACUAGAGCGGUGUUCUUGGACUUCUCCAUCUACAACGGCAAUGUUAACCUCUUCUGUAUUGUGAGACUGCUAGUAGAGUUUCCGGCCACAGGGGGCGCUGUGCCUUCUUGGCAGUUCCAGACGGUGCGUCUGCUCCGCUAUGUCUCCAGCUGGGACUACUUUGUUGGCAUGUGUGAAGUGUCCUUCUGCCUCUUCGUGCUGUAUUACCUGGUGGAGGAAGCUCUAGAGAUCCGCCUGCAUCGGCUGCGCUACUUCAAGAGCCUGUGGAACUGCUUAGAUGUUCUCAUAGUUGCAUUGAGUGUUCCCGCCAUCAUUAUGAACAUCUGCAGAACAUCAGCGGUCAGUCACAGACUUCACUUUCUGCUGGAGAACCACAGCACGUAUCCCAACUUUGAGCCGCUGGCUCGGCUUCAGGUGCACUUCAACAACCUGGCAGCUAUCAUAGUCUUCCUCUCAUGGGUGAAGCUUUUUAAGUUCAUCAACUUCAACAAGACCAUGAAUCAACUGUCCACCACCAUGUCCCGCUGUGCCAAAGACCUGAUGGGCUUCGCGAUCAUGUUUUUCAUCGUGUUUCUGGCUUAUGCUCAGCUGGCCUAUUUAGUGUUUGGAACUCAAGUCAACGACUUCAGCACCUUUCAGGCCUGCAUUUUCACGCAGUUCCGGAUCAUACUGGGUGAUUUCGACUUCUCAGAAAUCGAGGAGGCCGACAGCGUGUUGGGACCCAUUUACUUCACCACCUUUGUGUUCUUCAUCUUCAUGAUUCUGCUGAACAUGUUCCUGGCCAUCAUCAAUGACACUUACUCUGAGGUGAAAGCUGACAUGGCGCAGCAGAGGUCGGAGAUGGAGAUCACAGACCUCAUUAAGAAGAGCUAUAAUAGAGCCAUGGUGAAGCUGAAGCUGAAGAAGAGCUCUAUCAAUGAUAUCCCGGACAGCUUACAGCAGGCAGCAGGAAAACUCAGCUUCGAUGAGCUCCGCCAAGACCUUAGAGGAAAGGGCCAUUCGGACGCUGAAAUUGAAGCUAUUUUUGCCAAGUAUGACCUUGACGGAGAUCAGGAGCUGACCGAACAUGAGCACCAGCAGAUGAGAGACGACCUGGAGAAAGAGAGAGACUUGGAUCUGGAGCACAGUUCGCUGCCGAGGCCAGCCAGUGGACGUAGCUUCUCCCGUAGCCAAGACGACUCAGAGGAGGAUGAUGACGAGGACAGUGGACACAGCUCUCGACGCCGCGGCAGCAGCUCCGGGGGCGUGUCUUACGAGGAGUUCCAAGUGCUUGUGCGCCGGGUGGACCGAAUGGAGCACUCAAUUGGCAGCAUCGUCUCCAAGAUCGAUGCCGUUAUCGUGAAGUUGGAAGCCAUGGAGAGAGCCAAGAUGAAGAGGAGAGAUGUGCUUGGACGGAUCCUGGAUGGAGUCAUGGAGGACGAGCGGAUGGGUCGGGAUCCAGAGCUGCAGCGAGAGCAGAUGGACAGGUUGGUUAGGGACGAGCUGGAGCGCUGGGAGUCUGACGACACCAUGUCCCAGGUGAGCCACCAUCAUCAUCAGGCCACUCCCAUCAUCUCAUCAGCUCAGCUCCGCCCACGCAGCUCCCGCCCACCCUCCUCGCUGUCCAACGAGGGCCCGGAUGCUGCAGCCAGUGGCCCCGCCCACUUGUGAGGGGUGUUUAUUUGUGAAAACACUGCUCCAGUAACACAGCUUGCACAAAUCAACUUCAGAAGUAUCAAAGCCACAGCCGCUAAGGUGAAAUAGUCCUGCAAAAAAGCUAUUUAUUUGCGUUUCUUUAUAUUAAAGUUAAUCAGGGCUUUAUAAAGAUAAAAUGAUGUAGUUAUCAAACACCAGUUUCAGUAUUAAUUUUCCAAAACGUAUUUUCUAUAUUUGAUUUUUACAUACAGCUAUUAAUCAGGUGCAUUUUUUAAAUUUGAGGUACAUUUUGCUUUACUGUAUUUUCUAGCAGGCAAUCCUAGGUUUGAUGAAGUGAUUUCAUUAAAUCCAAAUAUAUAUAUAUUUAUAUAUAUA